UCCCGCGCAAAUUGAAGGCUCCGGCCCUUAGAGAGCGGCCGCAGCCGGGUUGCGGGUGUUCUGUGCCGCCGGCCUCGGUUGCUCCGGCCACAGCCAAAGGAAACGUGUUGUCUGGAAUGGGCUUACGGGUUACGCCUGCACGUCUCCGCGAGAAAGGAGUAAAGUGAUGAAGUUGCUGCUGUUACUGUUACUUCUCGUGCCACAUGUGACCUUGAGAUAUGUACCAUAAGGCACUCGGUCAUUCUUACUAUGCUAAAGAGGAAAUACUUAUUCGAGGAUGUAUAUUAAUACCUGGCCUAGAAGAAACUUGUUUAUGUAAGUUUCAUGAACUGUUUAUUACGUCCGUUUUCCUCAGAGUGAAAGAAAACACUUUUUAGACAUUAUCUGCAGAGUAAGAGAGUGAUUGCUUUCUCAAACUGUGGCCUGAGGACCACCUGCAUCGAAUUAAAUUUAAAAUUGAGUCCCUAGCCUCACUCCAGAACUAGUGAAUCACAAGUCACUGGGAGUGGAGUUGAGAAUCUGCCAACUUCUGAAAUUGGAGAACUGCUGGACUACAGCAUUAGAGCUCCGUUAAUUUGGCACUAUGGGGAUACAAGGAUUGCUGCAAUUUAUCAAAGAAGCUUCUGAACCCAUCCAUGUGAGGAAGUAUAAAGGGCAGGUAGUAGCUGUGGAUACAUAUUGCUGGCUUCACAAAGGUGCUAUUGCUUGUGCUGAAAAACUAGCCAAAGGUGAACCUACUGAUAGGUAUGUAGGAUUUUGUAUGAAAUUUUUAAAUAUGUUACUAUCUCAUGGGAUCAAGCCUAUUCUCGUAUUUGAUGGCUGCACUUUACCUUCUAAAAAGGAAGUAGAAAAGUCCAGAAGAGAAAGACGACAAGCGAAUCUUCUUAAGGGAAAGCAGCUUCUUCGAGAGGGGAAAGUCUCAGAAGCCCGAGAAUGUUUUACCCGAUCUAUCAAUAUCACACAUGCGAUGGCCCACAAAGUAAUUAAAGCUGCUCGGUCUCAGGGAGUAGACUGCCUCGUGGCUCCAUAUGAAGCUGAUGCGCAGUUGGCCUAUCUCAACAAAGCUGGCAUUGUCCAAGCUAUAAUUACAGAGGACUCUGAUCUCCUUGCCUUCGGCUGUAAAAAGGUGAUUUUAAAAAUGGACCAGUUUGGAAAUGGACUAGAAAUUGACCAGGCUCGGCUAGGAAUGUGCAAACAGCUCGGGGAUGUGUUCACAGAGGAGAAGUUCCGAUACAUGUGCAUUCUUUCAGGUUGUGACUAUCUGCCAUCCCUGCGUGGAAUUGGAUUAGCAAAGGCAUGCAAAGUACUAAGACUAGCCAAUAAUCCCGAUAUUACAAAGAUUAUCAAGAAAAUUGGACAUUAUCUCAAGAUGAAUAUAACAGUACCGGAAGAUUACAUCCAAGGAUUUAUUCGAGCCAACAAUACCUUCCUUUAUCAGCUAGUUUUUGAUCCCAUCACAAGGAAACUAAUCCCUCUGAAUGCCUACGACGAUGACAUUGAUCGUGAAACACUAAGCUACGCUGGGCGGUAUGUUGAUGAUUGUGUAGCUCUUCAAAUAGCACUUGGAAAUAAAGAUAUAAAUACUUUUGAACAGAUCGAUGACUACAAUCCGGACACUGCCACGCCUGCCCAAUUAAGAAGUCAUAGUUGGAAUGACAAAACAUGUCAAAAGUCAUCUAAUGUUAAUAGCAUUUGGCAUAGGAAUUAUUGUCCUAGACUAGAGUUGGAUAUUGUUUCAGAUACUACACCAUUGAAGAAAAAUUCAAGUACUGUGGGAAUUGAACAAGUCAUUAGUACUAAAGGAUUAAAUCUUCCAAGGAAGCCAUCCAUUGUGAAAAGACCAAGAAGUGAAGAGCCGUCAGAAGAUGAUCUGUUGAGUCAGUAUUCUUUUUCGUUUACAAAGAAGACCAAGAAGAAUAGCUGUGAAGGUAAUAAAUCAUUAAGCUUUUCUGAAAUGUUCGUGCCUGACCUGGUAGAAGGAACUACCAACAAAAAAAGCUUAAGCACGCCACCGAGGACAAGAAAUAAAUUUGCAACAUUUUUGCAGAGAAAAAAUGAAGAAAGUGGUGCAGUUGUGGUUCCAGGAACCAGAAGCAGGUUUUUUUGCAGUUCUCUGGAUUCUGCUGACUGUGUAUUAGUCAGUAAAGUGAGCAGCCAGCCUCUAGGUGAAACUGCUGUCAAGGAUAAAGAGACCAGUCUGAAUGAAUCAGAUCAUCUAGGCCUAGAAGGCAAGAAACUGGUUGACACAAAUGUAGCACAUGACGCAAGUGAUCAGAUUCCAGAUACCGGAACAGUGUUUGUUGAUGAAGACUCUCAGUCUUUUAAGACCAGCAACUUCACAAGGACCAUUUCACCACCCACUUUAGGGACACUACAAAGUUGUUUUAGUUGGUCUGGAGGUCUUGGAGAGUUUUCAAGAACUCCAAGCCCCUCUGCAAGUGCAGCAUUGCAGCAGUUCCGAAGAAAAAGUGAUUCCCCCACCUCCCUUCCUGAGACUAGCAUGUCUGAUCUAUCUCAGCUGAAGAGUGAUGAGUCAGGGGAUGAAUCUUACCCCUUCCAUGAAGCGGGGUCUUCACAGUCCCAGGGAGGUGUAGAAUUAUCACUGCACAGCUUAAAUGCAUCGAAACUUUCUCAGUCUUCUAGUAAGGAUUCCGAUUCAGAGGGAUCUGAUUGCAAUAUUACAUCACCUGAUAAUCAAGGUAAUCAGGCCUCCAAGCUACAUUUAUCUCAUUUUUCGAGAAAAGAUCCAACUCUAAGGAACAAGGUUCCUGGGCUAUAUAAAUCUAGUUCUAUGGAUUCUCUUUCUACAACCAAGAUCAAACCUCUAGCACCUGCCAGAGUCAGUGGGCUGAGCAAGAAGCCAGCAGGCAUCCAGAAGAGAAAGCACCAUAAUGCUGAGAACAAGCCAGGAUUGCAGAUAAAGAUCAAUGAGCUCUGGAAAAAUUUUGGAUUUAAGAAAGACUCUGAGAAGCUUCCUUCUUGUAAGAAGCCCCUGUCUCCAGUCAAAGAUAACAUCCAACUCACUCCAGAAGCAGAAGAGGAUAUAUUUAACAAACCUGAAUGUGUGCGUGUUCAGAGAGCAAUAUUCCAAUAAACGCAGACGCUGAGAGGCCACUGUCCACGAGAGACUCUUAUCAAUUUGAAGUCCCUAUUUGGGAAUGAGGCAAUUACCGGCCUGAAAGAUUUGUUCUUAGAUCUAUACCAUUUUUAAAAUAGAAUGCAUUUUGUAUAUUAACU